AGCCCAAGGUUGGGUGAAGAGCCGAAGGGGGAAAAGAGAACCCUCGCCCAAAACUAGGAAAAACCCUAAAUUGGGCACCAAAAUUAUCCCGAUUCUUCAAUCCGAAGCUCCAGAUCUUAGCUUUACCGACUUCCAAUCCCUCCAUCUCUCUCCCCUUUCCAAUCCAAUCUGGAAAGACGGCUCCUUGACGAGCUAGAAAGAAGGAACAAUGGCCAUCCAUGAUUGCAUCAAGCAAGUUCCUUUUGAUGACGGUGAAGAUGAUGAUGAACCAAUUGUUUUUAGGCGGAGUAGUGCUUCCAGGCAAAGGCAGAUGGCCUCAGAUAUAAAAAAGUCAUUAACUCAAACACCUGAUGGAUCACCUGGAAGGCCUAAAUCUGAUCAUGGUACUCAUAAUAGCGAGACCUCAAGUUCACAAAACAAUAAGGUGAAUAAAGUCGGUAAGUCAUCACUUGAAAAAUCAGUUGCAAUGAAAUCCAGUUCUCUGGCUUCAACAUCUCGUCAGUCAGAUAAAAAAUUGGCAGGUAAUGAUAUUGAAAAGUCACAACCAAACAGGUCAGUUGGUGAAGGUUUUCACGAUGAUAAGUCAUUAAGGUCUUCUAUGGUACAUCGGAAAGCCAAUCAGUUGCCCAUUCAAAAGGGGAUUGAAGAAUCAUCAAAAAUUAAACUUGAAACCAAAGAUGCAAAAGAACCAACCCUGGAUAAAUCUCAUGAUGAACCACAAAGCUCUGAUGAUUCAGAUGAUUAUGUGCCACUUAGGUUAAAGUUUUCAUCUUCUGGGACAGCGCAGAAAAGCAGUGUCUGCAGUUCCACGCAGGCCAAGAGACCACUUGACUCGCCUCAACCAAAACCACAGAAAGCUGCGGAGGCAUCAAUUUCCAGGUCUCAACCAAAGAAAGAAUCUUGGGAUUUGGAACAUGAAAAACUGUUGGUUUCAAAGGCUCAACUAAAGCCUGUUGCAGGUACAUCUUCCAAGAAGUUGUCCGAUUCUGGUGAUGAACCUUUGCGUGCAACAAAGGGUCUCAACUCCUCCAUGCCAAGUUUAUCAUCAUCAGAGAAGUUGAAAUCAAAUAUCAAGAUGGAUCCAUAUGAGUCUGAAGAUGAAAAACCUUUGUCUUCAAAGUUCAAGUCACAAUCCAGUGGCUGUGCUUCUACCCAGAAGUUGUCCGACUCAUAUGAGGAAAAACCAUCAAAAUCUAGUCUUAAGCAGAAUGGAUCAAACAAGAAAGACUCAGCAAGUGAAUCAAAGCCCAAAGUUGUAAACAAGCGGCCUCUUGGUGAUGGCGAUGCUACUUCAGAUGCUUCAACUAAGAAAGCUAAACUCUCAGGGACUCCCAAUUCAAUCAAAUCUAAGCGUGAGGUUGCAGAUGAUGAUGAUGACAUGACCAUUUCACAAAGAACAAAAAAACAAGUUUCUUCAGAUAUCAAGCAGUCUGUCAAAAAAGAGAUAAACAAAGUGAAGUCUUCAUCAUUUAAGAAAGAUGGCAAGUCAAAACAAGCAAUUAAGGAUUCUAAAUAUUCAAAAUCUUUAAAGGUGCCACCUGGAUCUGGUGGAGGACAGAAAUGGACGACCCUGGAACAUAAUGGUGUUAUUUUUCCUCCUCCAUACAAGCCUCAUGGAAUUAAAAUGCUUUACAAUGGGAAAACUGUUGAUUUAACUCCUGAACAAGAAGAGGUUGCAACAAUGUUUGCAGUGAUGAAGGACACUGAUUAUGCAACCAAGCCAAAAUUUAUUGAAAACUUCAUGAAUGAUUGGAGACCAAUACUAGGUCGGAAUCAUGUUAUUAAGAAGUAUGAGCUCUGUGAUUUUACUCCAAUUUAUGAGUGGCAUCUCAGGGAGAAGGAGAAGAAAAAGCAAAUGACUUCACAGGAGAAAAAAGAUUUGAAAGAGGAGAAAAUGAAGCAAGAGGAGAAGUACAUGUGGGCUAUCGUCGAUGGUGUGAAAGAGAAGGUUGGUAAUUUUAGGGUUGAGCCACCAGGGUUAUUUCGUGGACGAGGAGAACAUCCCAAGAUGGGAAAGUUGAAAAGACGAAUUCGGCCAAGAGAUAUCACUAUUAACAUUGGAAAAGGGGCUCCAGUUCCAGAAUGCCCAAUACCUGGUGAAAGGUGGAAAGAAGUGAAGCAUGAUAAUACUGUUACAUGGCUGGCUUUUUGGAAUGAUCCAAUCAAUCCAAAGGAGUUCAAAUAUGUCUUUUUGGCAGCAAGUAGCUCAUUGAAAGGACAAAGCGACAAAGAGAAGUAUGAGAAAGCAAGAAAACUUAAGGAUUACAUUAAGAACAUUCGAGUGAACUAUACAAAAGAUUUUACUAGUAAAGACCCUACAAAGCGGCAAAUUUCCGUUGCUACCUAUCUUAUUGAUAAGCUUGCACUGAGGGCAGGCAAUGAGAAGGAUGAUGAUGAGGCAGAUACUGUUGGUUGCUGCACUUUAAAGGUUGAGAAUGUUACGUUGGUCCCCCCAAAUAAAUUACAGUUUGACUUCCUGGGUAAAGAUUCCAUUAGGUAUUUCAAUACAGUGGAAGUUGAGUUGCCUGUCUAUAAGGCCAUUGGAGAUUUUCAAACUGCCAAAAAAAGCAACGGAGAGAAAAAAGGAGAUGGAGAUGAUCUUUUUGACUUGCUGGAUACAAGUAAGCUUAAUGCACAUCUCAAGGAACUCAUGCCUGGUCUGACUGCCAAAGUUUUUCGUACAUAUAAUGCAUCAAUUACCUUGGAUGACAUGUUGAACAGAGAAACGAAGGAUGGCACUGUUCCAGAAAAGAUUGCUGUUUAUCAGCACGCAAAUAAAGAAGUUGCUAUUAUAUGCAAUCACCAGCGGAGUGUUUCCAAGUCCCAUGAUGCUCAAAUGUCAAAAUUAAAUGACAAGAUUGAGGAUCUGAAGUCUCAGCGGGAUGAGUUGGAUGUGGAUUUGAGCCGGGCAAAGAAAGGGAAACCUCCAUUGAAGGGUGCAGAUGGGAAACAAAAAAAGAACUUGGGCCCGGAAGUAUUAGCGAAGAAGCUUGCUCAGAUUGAUGCAAAAAUCGAGAAAAUGGAAUUAGAUAAAAAGAUCAAAGAGGAUUUGAAAACAGUAGCACUGGGAACAUCCAAGAUCAACUACCUUGAUCCUCGGAUAUCAGUUGCCUGGUGCAAGCGUCACGAAGUUCCGAUCGAAAAGAUAUUCAACAAGUCUCUUCUUGCAAAGUUUGCGUGGGCAAUGGAUGUCGAACCCGGCUUCAGGUUCUGAUCUUUUGACAGAAAAGAAAAACACACAGCCGAAUUUCUUAAGCAAGGAAGCUUGCUGCCUCUCUCGGAUUUAUUCUUAAACGAUGAUGAGGAAAUUUCUGGAAUUCAUGCCCUCUUGAUAUUAUCGGCGGACAGAAGCCUGUGAUUCAUGUUUAUUGUGUACUCAUUUGUUCGAAUUCGUCAUGAGAAAUCUAAUUUUUAUGAGAGAUUGUUUCUGCUUGAAUUGUGAUCCUUACCUAAUCUUGUCAUUGUAGCUGUAGAAGCUUAUUGUAACCAAAUUGCUCUGAAUUAGGGUUCAUGCUAAAUUUUGGUCA